UCAACAAGCUUCAUUCCUCUUACUAGCUCGCUAAGCCAACUGUUUUCUGAUACUGCUGGAGCUUCAACUUCAUUUGUUCUCUACAAGCUCGUUCACAACUACUUUGAUCUUUUGAUUAAGUUGUUACUUAUACAACAAGUGAAAGAAUUUGUCUUCAGCUCGAUCGAUUAUCAAACAUGAAGGCUUCAUUUCAGGUUCAGCUUGGAGGACAAGUUAUUGGUUUCCCAAUCAAAUCAACGGCAACAGCAGCUGCAGCAUCAUGCACAUUCGAGAGGUCCCUAAUUAAUGGAAAGAGACUCCUACUACCUGCUCAGCAUCGUAUUCCGUCAUCUGAUCUUCAUCGUGAUCAAACUGUGUCUUCAAAUCGGACACAAAUGAAACUGAAACCUAAAAUUAGUGAGACAGUGAAGGGCAAGUUGAGACUUGGGGCUAAGAUUCUUAGAGCAGGUGGAACAAUGGGGAAGGUGUUCAAGCACUUGUUUAAUAAUAAUGUUGAAGCUGCAGGAGAGAAGCUUUUGAAGACUUCUCACUGUUAUCUAUCAACUACAGCAGGUCCAAUUGCAGGCCUCCUCUUCAUCUCUACACACAAGAUUGCCUUCUGCAGUGACAAGCCAAUCAAACUAUCAUCAUCUCCAAAUCCAAAUGGACAACUCAUCAGAGUCCAUUACAAAGUUGUGAUACCACUCAAUAAGAUAAACAGAGUGAACCAAAGUGAGGAUGUUAAGAAGCCCUCGCAGAAGUACAUAGAAAUUGUUACUGUGGAUAAUUUUGACUUCUGGUUUAUGGGUUUCUUCAAUUACCAGAAAGCUCACAAAUAUCUCCAACAGGCAUUAAUCUCUCAGGCAUAGUUAAGAACUAAGAGGGCUACAACUGCUAGUUGAUAAUCUGUGGGUUCCCUCUGCUUCUUUGCCAGCUUCAACAGCAGGAUCGAUCAGAUCAUGUAAUUAUACAGUACCCAGUGAGAUAAUUUGUAAUUCAGUUACUUUUUUCAAUGACUGAAUGAGAAAAUCAUCAACUUAAUUGC